AUGGCGCAGCAAAUCACAGUGGAACAAUUUAAAUUGAGAUAUAGCGAUCCCAGCUCGGAGGACCUGCUAUACAAUAAACUUAGCUCUUGUUUUCAACUAUCGAAUCAAAAUUAUGAAAAGUAUGCUGAUGAAAUUAAACAACGUUUAAAUAAGCUAAAAGAACAUAUAAACUUAAACAAUCAAGACCGUAACUUGAUAAGUAUGAAGAUUGGGUUUUACGAAAAUGUUGCGAAAAAUACGUUUAUAAACGGAAUAAAAGAGCCGUAUCACACACAUCUUACACAUUUCGAGUUGGCGGAUAUAGAGGCUUGUCUGAUAAAAUGCAGAAAGCUUGACAAUCACGAGCAACAAGCUGCAUGUUUAAAUUUCGCGAGACAACGCGAAAGUAAACCAAAAACCAAUAAUGUAAACAAUAAUUCAAAGGGUACAAGCCCGUUUAUGAAUCAGAGAAAUAAUAGUCCGUUCAAUAACUCUGGAGCAAAUAAAAGUCCGUUUUCAUUUGCACCUAGACCCGCAACUGCACAAAAUAAUUUUGUACCGACAUUUGCAAAUAAUUUCGGACGACCUAUUCAGCAAAAUCGACCGACACCGAUGUCGAUUAAUACCAGAAACACCAAUCGGCCAAAUAAUAAUCAGAGCAACCGGUCAAAUAAUUUUGUCCCUCAGAAUAAAUUCUUUAGGAGUACCGGACCACCGAAUUUCAUUUCCGAAGAGUUGCAUUAUCAAGAGGAGCAGCAACCGGAGGAAGAUGCUUACAAUGAGGAGCAAGAAGAUAUUAACGUGAAUGACGACAAUUAUGAAAAUCAAGAGAAUUCAGAAAAUGAAAAUUUUCAACGGGAUUCCGAUCCAACCGAAGAAACAUAG